CCAAUAUAUUAUAUUUAUUAUUCCUAUUGCACUUAUUAUCACAGUUCUUUCUUAAUUUAUCACUACAUUUAUCGCUACACUUAUUUAUUAUAACAUUUUACAUUAUGCAUAUAUAACCUAAGUAUUCACGGGAAAAACGCGAAACAACUAUAAUGGACAGCCGCGCAGGACUUUUCGCGCACUAUUUGCACCUACUAUCUGCGUUUACAUCCAUCACUGGAAACGCUUGCGUCGAGCUCUGACGUCAUGCUCACGUGACGUGUGACGCAUGCGUACAACGGCUCCCAUAUGGGAAAAAUUCCCACGACUAGUCAUCACUGGGUCCCCCUGCUCUGCUUCGCGCUCAGCGGCCAAGGUGACGCCGACGAUUGCAGUGCGUUCAGGUCCGCCGCUGUAUAAGAAAUCAGCAGAAGCAUCAUAUUAUCAGCACCCUUAUAUUAUCAUUAAAAUUUUUUUCUCGUUUAAUAAUCACUUUAAAAUAUAUAUGUUUAUGCGUUAUAUAUAUAUAUAUAUAUAUACAUAUUUCGCCAUAUAUAUAUAUAUAACACAUAAACAUAUAGACCCAUAUUCAGAACAUGCUUAUAACUAUGUUAGUGCGUUGUUAACUAAUCAGAAGGCAUAUUGCGCGGCUUUUCAUUGGUUAACAGCGCGCUAACAUAGUUACAAGCGUGUUCUGAAUAUGGGCCAUUUAUUUUAAAAUAAUUAUUAAACGAGGAAAAAUUUUAAUGAUAAUAUGAUGCGAGAGUACGCUCCAGUUGAUUCUUAUACAGCGACGGACCUGAAUGUACUGCGAUCGUCGUCUCGGCUGAGCGCAGAACGGUGACAGGUGGACGCGUCUGCACAAAUUAAUAAUCAAUUAUGGUUCAAUAAUGGACAAAGCAAUAUUGGCCAAUUUGGAGCAGGUGGUAAUGCGGCAUUUACGAGCCUGUCGUCUUUGAAUUGGAAAUCCGUGAACAUGGAACCUAUGAUUCCGGCACCCACAAUUAUGAAUAAGCCUUCAAUGGGCAUUACAAACUGGAUUAUCAAACUGGCAAAAAAAACUAAUUGUCUUAACGGAGAUUCUACGAAGGAGAACUAUCCUAAUUGGUGCUUCCUUAACAGGGAUGACCCUAAUGGAUAUUUUCCUAGCAAUGGAUACUCUAAUAGCGACUACCCUGACGUGGGCAGUGGUAUUAGAGAGUUUUUUAACAUAUUCAUCUAUUUUAACAUAAUGUUCCAAAAUGGAAACUAUCCUGAUAAGAAUUAUCCUAACGAGGAUAAUGGUAAUGGGGGGCAUCUUAACGGACAAAAACCCAACAUUGCCAUUCCUAACGUGCUCCCCUACGAUGAAAACUAUCCUAAUGAAGAUUAUCCUGACGGAACCACUAAUAAUGGAGAGCAUCUUAAGGGACAAAAUCUCAAUACUGUAUCCCCUAACGUAGUUAUCCAGAAUGGGAGCGAUCUUAACGGGGUUAAUAGAAACGGCGAGAAUCUUAAUAAACAAAAUCCCAAUAUUACCUCUCCUAACGUGGUCUUCCAUAAUGGAAGCAAUUCUAAUGGAAAUCAUUCCAAAGAUAUAUAUCCUAUCGAGAUUUCUCCUAACAGAGACAAUCCUGAAAUAUCGAGUUUGAAUAAUUCGAAUAACGGGAUUGGACAAAAUUUGUUAAUAGACACUUAUAUCCCUACUGAGCCAUUAACCAGUAAUCCUUUAGGAUUAAACGAUAACUUUACUACAGGCAAUAUGAACAUGACGAAACUAUCCGAAAAUGGGAACAAAACAGAAACAUCAUUUCAGUCCAAUCCUAGCGAUAUUAAUGAUGGUAUAUCGGGAAUAAACAAAACGCAGGAUCGCGAACAGUGUAGAGACGAUGAGUUCCUCUGUGGAAGCAACGAGUGCGUACCGUCUAAUGUCAAAUGCGAUAAGAAAGCUGAUUGUAGCGACUCCAGCGAUGAGACAUUCUGCAUUAUGGAAAGAGAUCAAGAAAACGGUUGCGCAUUACCUGAGCAGCCGACAGGUGGACGUUAUAAGUUGGAAGGAUGUGACGAGUUAUGCCGCAAACAGCCUGGCGAUAUAGUUCCGCAAUACAGUAUUCUCACUUAUACUUGUAAUGACAAUUACACGUUGGACAGUAGCAAUACUACUAUUUGUGACAAAACAUGGGAACAUCAGGUCUCCUGUCUCAAAAUUUGCCCGCCAUUGAACAGCACCAGCGUAGACAUUUCCUGCAACUAUCGAGGAAAAGAGGUGUAUUGUAGCGAGCCUAUACUACCUGGGACACAAGCCACGCUAGCCUGCAAACAGUUUUAUACAUUACCUUCAAGAAUUAAUCCAGGUUACAGGAUGAUGGAGUGUCUCGAUGAUGGUUCUUGGAAUCGUACCAUUUUUUACUGUAUGCCAGAAUGCGGCAAACUCAUCUCGCAAGAUCAAAAACUAACUGUAAACGGCGUCGAGACCAAAGUGGGUUUAUUUCCCUGGCAUGUUGUUAUUUACGAAAAGGAUAACGCCGACACAUAUAAGCAGAUAUGCGGUGGCACUAUAAUAACCAGCAAAUUCGUCAUCUCAGCUGCACAUUGUUUCUACGACGAUAAUGAAGACAAACCUUACAACGUGUCAAAAUACGCCGUGGGCGCCGGUAAGCAGCAUCGCGCUUGGGAUGCUGACGAGCAAUACAGUCAGAAGUCGUUGGUGAAAGAUAUCAUGUACCGCAACAGGUAUAGCGGAAAGAGGACUCUUCUUGCCGAAGACAUAGCUGUGGUGAAGCUCGUAACGUCCUUCGUGCUGAACAUGCUAGUGUGGCCUAUCUGCAUCGAUUGGCGAAACAUGUACGAAGCGAAGCAGCUGCAAGUGGGGCAGUCAGGCAAGAUAGUCAGCUUGGGUAGAGACAUCACUGGUAAGCCCAUAGAGAAUCUAUACGAAGCUGCUAUGCCGUAUGUGCAGUAUCAGAAAUGUCGGGACAACGUACCUGUAGAAUUCCGCAGAUACAUCACGCUGGAUAAGUUCUGCGCAGGCUAUAUAAAUGGUUCGAAUAUCUGCGAUGGAGACAGCGGUAACGGCCUGUGUUUCGAGAAAGAUGGUAUUUGGUAUCUUCGUGGUAUCGUCAGCGUGGCCCCCCAAGGGGAAAAUGGACAAUGUAAUUCCUACGUUGCAUUUACCUAUAUCAGUCACUAUCGGAGCUGGCUUCUGUCCAAGAUGAGUAAACGUUUAGGAACGGGGAUCGUAUGAUGCAUGAAAUAUGUUGCCGCUAUUAUCGAGUCUGCGAUGACGUGAGACGAAUGGAUGUGAUGUAUGAACAAA